CUACCUCAUAUCAUCAAAUCUAUACCAUACAGAGCUUACAGCCAACAAGUGAUCGUUGAUCAAUCGGGACAUGGAAAUUUCACGAAAAUACAAAGCGCAAUCGAUUCGGUCCCAUCCAACAAUUGUAAUUGGUUCCUCAUCAAAGUUGGAGAAGGUCUUUACAGGGAGAAACUAAAAAUACCGCAUGAGAAACCGUUCAUAGUAAUAGUUGGAGCUGGAAAGAGGAAAACAAGAGUUGAAUGGGACGAUCAUGACUCGGUUGCACAAAGCCCUACCUUUGCUACUGAAGCUGAUAACACCGUCGUUAAAAGCCUCACUUUCGUGAAUACCUAUAAUUUCCCGAGAAAUGGGAAAGUGAACAACAACCCUAGGGUUCCUGCGGCGGCGGCGAUGAUCGCCGGUGAUAAGUCGGCAUUUUACUCGGUAGGGUUUGCCGGAAUUCAAGAUACUUUGUGGGAUACCGAAGGCCGACACUACUUUCACCGCUGCACUAUCCAAGGCGCUGUUGAUUUCAUCUUUGGUAACGGUCAAUCUAUUUACAAGAGAUGUGUGAUCCAAGUGCUAGGAGCGCUGCUACCACCAGGAGUACCUGGUUACAUAACGGCUCAAGGACGGACCAACCCGUACGACGCUAACGGGUUCGUGUUCAUCGAAAGCCUUGUUCACGGAACGGGCAACGCUUACUUGGGCAGACCGUGGCGCGGUUACGCUCGAGUGAUCUUUUACAAUACAAACAUGACCGACGUGGUUGUCCCGCAAGGUUGGGACGCAUGGUACUUCAAAGGUCGUGAGUACCAGCUGACCUAUGAAGAAUAUGGAUGCUUUGGAAGUGGAGCAAAUACAUCGAGACGUGUGAGUUGGGUCAAGAAGCCAAGUGGAGCUGUCGUUCAAAGUUUGGUUGAUCUCAACUUCAUUAAUAACGGUGGAUGGAUUCAAGAUUUGCCCAUUCUUUUCUUAUUGUUCAUUCCCAAUUUU